GACUUAGUGCUUACAGCAUACAUUCAUCGUUUCUUCGACAAUCAAUCGGCACAUUUCACAUCCAAAUUUCAUUUUUGAGAAUUGGUGACCCAUUUCUCGUUGGAUGGAUAUAUGCAUAGAGGGAAACUAUAAUUCUGAUUUUGGAAAGGAAGAAUAAACGAAGAAGAUUUAUUGGCUUUUGGGUGGUGUUUGCUACAAGAUUGAUGCCACCAUUUUCAAUGCGAAGGCCAGCAUUGCAGUACUUUUUAAAGAUUCAUAACCUGUAAGUUUUGUAGAACUCACUGGGGAAUCGACUGAAACUGAGCGUAUUUUUGGUAUAUGUGAUAUUGGAAUGUUUUGAUAAGAUAGCACAUUGUGGGGAAAACAGGAUUUUUGAAAGGAGCUCUGAUGUCAUCUUUUAGAAGAACUUUAUCUCCAGUGCCUCGAUCAGGAACUUUAUUGAAUGGGGAAGCAUGUCAGCUUGCAUCUCCUUUGUCCAAGUCAUCUUCAAACAGUCAGAAUUACCCACUGUUGCCGCCUUCCAGGGCUUCUUUGGACUAUGCAUGGUACAAAGCCCAACAUUUUGUACUUGGCCUUUUCUCAUCACAAUCUUCUCGGCCCUUAGAUAGGUCAAAGCUAAAGGGACAAAUUUGGCGAAGAGUUUUUUUACAUUUCUUUUUAUGUUUUGUUAUUGGGAUUUUUGUUGGUCUUUCUCCGUUUAUUUCACUGAAUCUAUCCAUCAAUGUUAUGUCGAAAUACCAAGAUAUCUACGUCGGGGUGCUCCAACCAGUAGCAAACAGUCAGGGUUACGCCGGUCACGUAAAUGAGACGUCGGCUGUGGUAGUUGACAGAUUGUCCGUAAUUGAAAAUUCAACGUUAGAGCAGCAAGGGGUGAAUGUUGAACCAAUAGAUGGAAUUUUUAAUGACACCUGUCAAGGUUCAAAUUUGGGGCACCAUAAGCUUUUGAUCAUUGUGACACCAACAUAUGCUCGGCCGCUUCAGGCAUAUUAUAUGAAUCGUCUGGCAAACACAUUAAAACUGAUCCAGCGUCCUUCUCUGUGGAUUGUGGUGGAGAUGAAGUCUCCAUCUGUGGAAAUAGCAAACUUGUUGGGGAAAACAGGUGUCUUGUACAGGCAUCUAGUAUGUGAUAAUAACUCAAUUGACAAAAAUGAAAGAGCUGUGCACCUUAGGAACGUGGCUCUCUCACACAUUGAAACUCACCGUCUCAAUGGAAUUGUUUACUUUGCAGAUGAUGAUAACAUAUACUCCAAUGGUCUCUUUAACCAAAUGAGACAAAUCAGGCAGUUCGGAACCUGGGUAGUGGCCAAGUUAGUGGAAACAGGAAGACAUACUGAAUUCGAGGGUCCAAUUUGUAAUGGCUCUGAAGUGAGAGGAUGGCACACGAAUGAUAUGACGAAAAGGUUUCGUAGAUUCCAUGCUGAGAUGUCUGGUUUUGCUUUUAAUAGUACUAUUAUUUGGGACCCAAAGAGAUGGCACCGGCCUACUCUUGAACCAAUCCGGCAACUUGAUACAGUCGAAGAAGGUUUCCAAGCAAGCACAUUUAUCGAGCAAAUUGUGGAAGACGAAAGCCAAAUGGAAUGCUUUCCUUCAGACACCAAUAAAAUUAUGGUCUGGCAACGUAAUGUGGACUUGUAUACCCGUCCUCANUUCUCAUUCAUUUUUACUUGA